AUGCAGCUCAAGUCCUUCGCCGCCCUCAUCGGGGCCGCCCAGCUGGCCAGGGCGCAGGAGCUCAUGCGGUUCGGCUGCUCGCAACUGACCAUCGACCGUGUCGAUCCCCUGGUCAACCCGGGCAGCCUGCCGUCGGUUCAUAUGCACCAGGUCGUCGGCGGCAACUCGUUCAACGUCACCAUGACGCCGGUGGUCCAUGAUCCGCCCAGCCUGAGCACCUGCACCAGCUGCACCUACUCGGAGGACUUCUCCAACUACUGGACGGCGAACGUCUACUUCAAAGCCCGCAAUGGCACUUUCAAGCGCGUGCCCCAGGUCACCAACCUUGGGCUGGGUGUCAAGGCCGGCAUGACGAUUUACUACAUCCGAGGAUACCAACCCAGCGCGAGGGUGACGGCGUUCAAGCCGGGAUUCCGCAUGCUCGUCGGAGACGCCACCAACCGCGACCCCAACCGGGUCCCGCAGGGCCUGUGCUUCCGCUGCGAGGCCAACAUGCAGCAGAACCCGUUCGGCGGCGCCCCGUGCACGGGGAGCGACACCAAGUACUUCCCCAAGCAGCCCUGCGGCGGCGGCUGGCGCGUGACCGUGACCUUCCCGACCUGCUGGGACGGCAAGAACCUCGACACGCCCGACCACAAGAGCCACCUGUCGUACCCGGCGUCGGGCACCUUCGAGAGCGGCGGCGCCUGCCCGUCGUCCCACCCGGUCAAGAUCCCGCAGGUCAUGUACGAGACCAUGUACGACACGCGCCAGUUCAACAACAAGGCCGACUGGCCCGAGGACGGGUCCCAGCCUUUCUACUGGAGCAUGGGAGACAACACCGGCGCCGGCAUCCACGGCGACUACGUCUUUGGCUGGAAGGGUGACGCGCUGCAGAGGGCCAUGGACAACAAGUGCGCGGGCGACACCUGCUCGGUGCUGCAGCGGCAGUCGAACGAGCAGGCCAUUGCUUGCACCAAGCCCCAGAUGGCCAAGGAGGACAUUGGCGACGACAAGUGGCUGACUUCCCUCCCCGGUAUGGCGGGCAUGUCGAUGUAA